AUGCUGGUCAAAUGCAAAACCUCCGGCAAACAUUCUGACGACUUGGCCGAGGCCUUCACGAUCAUUCGAAGGUAUGGGAUGAAGCUGAAUCCCAAAAAAUGCACUUUCAGCGUGGCAUCUGAGAAGUUCCUGGGUUUCAUAGUGAGUUUUGGGGGGAUAGAAGCCAAUCCGGACAAGAUUAAGGCAUUGGUUGAAAUUCCCUCUCCCCGAAAGCAUAAAGACGUGCAAAGUCUGACCGGGCGGAUAGCCGCUUUAAGUCGUUUCGUCUCGAAGGCCACGGACAAGUGCAUCCCCUUCUUCAAUGUUCUUCGGGGAAGCCAGUGUUUUGAAUGGUCAGUCGAGUGCGAAGAAGCUUUUCAAAAGCUGAAGGAGCAACUAGCCCAAGCACCAAUAUUGGCAAAACCGAUGGACGGGGAACCGCUAUACCUCUAUUUGGCUGUGACCGAACACGCGAUUAGCGCCGCACUAGUGCGGGAGGACGGUAAAACCCAACUCUCGGUGUACUACGUGAGCAAGAGGUUAUUGGGGGCAGAGUCACGGUAUCUGAAACCCGAAUCAUCAGGAAGACUCUUGACGUGGGAUAUGGAAUUUAUUCAAUUUGAUAUAGCUUACAUACCUAGAGUCUCAAUCAAGGAACAAGCCCUAGCCGAAUUCAUUGUGGAGUGCUCCAGGAUCACCGAAGGGGACGAUCCCCCAGCCCCCGCGACACCUGUAUGGAAGGUGUUCGUGGACAAAGCCUCGAAUGAAAAUGGAGCAGGGGCCGGAAUCAUCCUAGUGUCGCUACAAGGACACCAGUUACAAGAUGCCUUGCGUUUCCAUUUCAAGGCGUUGAACAAUGAGGCUGAGCACGAGGCCAUGCUGGCCGGAUUGCGUCUGGCCCGAGAAGUAGGGGCCGCAAACCUGGAGAUCUAUAGCAAUUCCCAACUAGUUAUCAGACAAGUCUUGAGAGAAUACCAAACCAAAGGGGAAAAGAUGGCUGCUUACGUGACCCAGAUGAGAGAAAUGCUGCAAACGUUCAAGAGGCACUCCAUCCACCAGAUCCCCAGGGAGAAAAACGUGUUUGCAGACACAUUGGAAAAAUUGGCAACCGAUGCCGAGAUGGAUCUGUCUGGGAUGGUCUCGAUCAACCAUCUCCCCAUCCCUAGCAUUCGAACCUCCACAAUUAACACCAUCGACCACUCCACGUCCUGGAUGGGACCCAUUAUCCACUACUUGACAACCGGAGGGUUGCCAGCAGACAGGGCCGUAGCCAGGAAGCUUCAGUACCAGGUCCACAGAUACGUCAUGAUAGACGAAAAGCUCUAUCGUAGAGGGUUAUACAUGCCAUACCUCAGGUUGUUGGAACCUGAGCAACAUGAUUAA